AUGCGUCUCCUUCGAACCAUCUUCUUGGCUGUUCAGCUUUCGCUUGCCGUUCAAGCCGUCGCUCUUCCAGCAACGAAGAAGACAAACGAAGUAAUAAAGAAGCCAGACGAAACAAAAGACAAGCCAGCUGCAACUCCCACCCCAGUAGACAAGGCAGGACCAGAGUUCGAUGGAUCAUUUGGUAAAAAUACAACCCUCAAAGCUGGUCCAAAGACUGGUUGGCACUUCAAGACCGUGAGUAGAACUCAUUAUAAAUCAAGGAGAUAAGUAACUUACACACCUCUUAGUCACUGGGAAAUAUUGAAGUCGACAUGAUGACUGACAAAGAUCUCACUUUCACGGUUACUGAAAACAAGGACCCCAAGGGUACUGCUCCAACAGGAUUUAAGUUCCUCGACCCAAAUUCAUACACCAUUGCUAUCAGUGACGACGGACAAAUUAACCAGGUCGACUACAUUUUCAGUAUGUCAAAGACUUAUACUCAUCGGACAUUGAAAUAAUGCUGACGGUUCUGUAGCUGGCAGUAAUAUUGCAAAGGGCGCAACUGCUCGAACCGGAAAGCUCGUUGGCGGCAAAUUCGUAUUUGAAGGGGAGAACAUAUUUGACAAGGAAGUGAGCGAACUUAAAUGCAAAGUCAAGACAGUAAACGGAGAAUGGGCUAUCUUUACACCAGACAAGAACGGUGGAACAGAAAAAGAGAAGCCUAAUGGAACACACAAAGAGAAGACAGGCGGAAAGCGUUCUAUUGAGUGGGAUGGAUAG